UACCUUUGGACCGCUUGUAGUUUCAUUUCUGCCCGCGCGGUGUCGCUGUUUCACCACCGCAGUCCUGGCUUUUCUGUGACGUCACAUGUAGACACCAGCAGCACCCAUGGACUACAGGUCUACUUCACCCCGUCAGCUGAGCAGCGAUGAUACAAAUGAAAAAGCGCAUGAGAUACAGCUCUCUGGGUAUCGCUGCUACAAAGUUGUUCUCCUCUGCUUCCACCAAGAACCCAGUUGUGUUUUUGGACAUCGAAGCUGACAGCGAGCCUGUCGGAAGAAUAAUCAUUGAGCUGAAUGCUGAUGUAGUGCCAAAAACUGCAGAAAACUUCAGGGCAUUGUGCACUGGAGAACAUGGCUUUGGAUACAAAGGAUGUGUGUUUCACAGGGUCAUACCUAAGUUCAUGUGUCAGGGAGGAGAUUUCACCAAACACAACGGCACAGGAGGGAAGUCUAUUUAUGGGAAAACAUUUAAAGAUGAGAACUUCAAAUUGAAACACAGUGGCCCAGGAACACUUUCAAUGGCUAAUUCAGGUCCAAACACAAAUGGCUCACAGUUCUUCAUCUGUACAACUAAAACUGAAUGGCUCGAUGGGAAACACGUGGUGUUCGGGCAGGUAAAGGACGGCAUGGAUGUGGUCACCAAGAUGGAAUCCUUUGGUUUACAUGAUGGGGGUGUGAUCAAGAAAAUAGUCAUCACCGAUUCUGGUGAGAUCAAAUAACGCUUAAGGUAAUUCCCAGACCUUGGGCCUGGCAUGGAUCGUUAAUGUCUGUGUUUUUAAAUAAUAGUAAUUAUGCAAAGAAUGGGAGUUUUUCUGACACAUCUCUGCUUUUAGUCAGUGCUCUUUGCAAAAAGACUAAUCCAUACAUUUUGUAAAGCCUCUGAAAAAAUUAAGGAACAUUCUUUCUAAAAGGUUGUUCAUCGAGUUGUUUUAUGUGUAAUCAGAUCAGGUUUGUACCAUAAAUUUUCCUACAUAAACUUAAAAUUAAAACUGCUUACUGUCCAUGUCCUCAUGCUUGUCUUUCCUGAAGAACUCUGCUUUGAGGCAAUAUGCUUUAUCCUACAAUAAGAUUGUACCAAACAUCCUUUCAACUGAAAUUAGAAAAGUGUCUAAAAUUUCAAAGAUCACCUGUGCAUUUACUGUAGAAGUAAAGACCUGGUCCUCAAUGUGUUCCAGCAGAUUUAAUAGAUUUGUGAUUAGUGAAUAUCACUUUGAUCUAUUUAAUCUACAGUCUUUAGUUUAUCAUAGUUUAUCAUUUCCUUGUAUUAUUUUUCUUUUUAAGUUAUAGUUCGUUGAGUUUUCUAUCCUGACACUUUUUCAUUUUCCCUGGGCAACCUGCAUAUUUCCUUAUUACAGCCUCAUUUUGUUAAUACUUGCUCUAAAUUUUACAAAACACAGUUAAAUGUUAUGAUUCUAUAUUGUUUCCACUGACAGCUGUCUUAUUGGGGCCAUGUCUCCUGUCAGUCAGCCUGAUAAAGCUGCUCCUUGAAGUCUGAAAGCGUUCUUUUAAAUGCAAACUAAUAUGCAAAUGAAAAGUUGUGCAGGUAUUUGUUUUAUUAAUGUAAAUAAAGGUUGUGCAAUUAUUCUUCUGUUUGAUGUGACAGAUUUUUUUAAUGUAUGCAGUAAAAACAGAAAUUUAUGCCUCUUUAUAUCAAUGUGUUACAUCAGCUCUUUUUUUUUUUUUUUACACAUUCAGCAAUUUCUGUAGGAUUUAAGCUGCUCAGCACUUUUUCUGCUUUUUUGUUAUGUUAAAACACCAAAUGGUCCCUCUCUGGUGUAUCUGGAAGAAUGCAAUGUCCAUGUUUACCAAAACAAAAUUCCGAUUCUGAUUCUUUAAACCACCGAUUUUUUAACUUUGUAUCAGUGCAUCUUGAAUAAAUUGGGUUUUAGAGACGUCGACAGAGUAUCUGAACCAUGGAAGUCUCAGAAUCUUUUAAUGAUAUUAUAUACUAUUUUUUAGCUAUUUUAUCUUGGAGCAUGUUGUUAUAUACAGUCAUAUUCCUGAGCUCUUUAUUAUUUAACAGUCUUUUGUUGCCAUCCCAACAGCUUCAAAACAUUUUGGCUGCAUCACUGUAAACAUUUGAUAUAUUUGUUCUGUUUUAAAGAAAAUACUAUGUUAAUGA